GAUUUCACAUAAUGGUACGUAUCAAUGUAUCAACAGAGCGUGAUAAAUCGAAUAUUUGCAAAUAAAAAACUGUUUCGAUAGCAAAUUGGAAACAAACAGCUAUAUAAAAAUGUUUGGUAUAUUUCAAAAGAGUUGGCAAUUCUUCAGAAAACUCGCAAAUAUACCUAUCAUAAGCACUCUAUUAAAAUUCGUCAUGGUUCCGUUUUUAAUACAGUUUGUUUUGAUGUUUUUUAUGGUAGCUUAUAAGAUAGCGUACGGCACGGAGCAAAAAAUCGUUGACUUGACAUGGGAGUUUGAUGAAAAAACUAUCUACUGGCCUGGUUUCCAAAAGUUUAAUUACACAAAAAAAAUUGGAACAUCUGAAAGUGGAUAUUGGUAUGCUGGAAAUGAAUUUCAAGCAGCUGAACACGGUGGAACACAUCUGGAUGCCCCAUAUCAUUUCAUCAAAGAUGGGUGGAAAGUUGCAGAUAUACCAAUAAACAGAUUUUUCGCCAACGCUAUUAUGGUGGACUUCUCCUCAGAAGUUGAAGCUCAUGGAUCAGACUACAUAGUUGAUGCGAAAUUACUGGAAAGUAAACUUAAGAGUUUCGAACCAAUACAAAAUAACACUGUGCUACUCAUCAAAUAUGGAUGGUCCAAAUAUUGGCCGGAUAAGAAACAAUAUAUGAGAUUGGAUGAUGAGCAAGUCGGCCACUAUCCAGGUUUGGACAACAGUUCUGCCACUGUCAUAGCAAACGAUGACCGUUUCAUUGGUAUAGCUGUCGACACUUCGAGUGCGGACGCAGGAAUUUCUGAGAAUUACGCAGCUCAUAGGAUUCUUUUGGGAAGAAACAUGUACAUUUUAGAAAACACGAAGAUGGUAGAACACUUUCCAGAAAAAAUGUUCACACUUGUGGUUGCUCCCAUGAAGUUAACAGAAGGAUCAGGAGCGCCAGUUAGAAUAUUCGCCGUAUUAACCUAAUUAUCAUUGGAAUGUUAAAGAGGAAUAUUAAAUAAACAGACUGAAAUAUU